CAGGCCUUCUAUUCUCUACUAGCGCUUAGCUUUAAAUUGAGCUGGGAGAUUGCCAGUGAGCAUUCGGAAGCUUCCACGCCGCCGCCGAUGGGUAUUUACCCAUGCUCAACGUCCCCACCCUCUAUCUCCACCCUCCUCCCCAUUAUAUACUUCAGGUUCUGACGGACCGAAAUACGCCUGUGGAUCAGUAGUGGCGUUUGUGAGGAUUGAGAACCUUGUCCCAUAUUUCCUGCCAUACCAUACCCUCCAAUGGGGUAAUAUGCUUAAACCAUCUCCACAGGUAUGAUGAUAGGGUCGAUAGUUUUGGCCGUGCUUCGGGGGAGGAGGCAAAAUAAUAUAUAAUGUGCUAAAUACGCCCUGUUCAAUGUAAGAAGCCAGCUAUCAUGACUUUCCUCAAGGCCAGCGCAUUGCUCUCUGUAGCCCGCCUUGCUGCCUGUGCUGCUCCGAAUCUGCCAGCACUUGGAUCAGAUGUGACAAUUCUAUCAAACAAUGAUCUAUACUCUAGCCAUACUACGCGGACAACCGGUGCACUCCUUGUGAACACCGCGUUUUGCCAAAAAGAUGCGGCAGCACGGUGCACUAGCUUCGCAGAAACACUCUGGGACCCAUCGGCAGAGGAUUUCAACCUCGGACUAGAUAGAAGUCUCGCCUAUCAGGUCUACCAAGGUAACUAUGGCAAAAGCCAGUUGUUCUGGGUAGCUAGCGACCGGAAAGCCUGCCAAGCUAUUGAUGCCAAAGGGAAAACGAAACUCGUAUCGUGCUCCCAGAAACUCCCAGCUCUAUGCACUCAGAGCGCGCCAAUCCCGAACGCCACCUUCACGGACACCUCUGCGCGGUUCCAGGUGGCACAGAAGGUUGGCAAGCAGACGCUUACCGGGUAUCGCGACUUCUACAACUGGCGUUUCUUUGGAGUCCGCUUUGCCCCACAGCCAGAGCGCUUCAGCUACUCUACGGUUUAUGAUGGAGAGGGGAGUGCGGAGAGUCUCGAGUCUGGUACUGAGUGCGUGCAAGCCCCUGGAGUAGGAAGUGAAGACUGCCUGUUCUUAAACGUCUGGACUCCGUACCUACCGUCACAGAAGACUGCACCGGCGACAAAGAAGCUUAAAGCUGUCAUGUUUUAUAUGGUUGGCGGUGGCUUUGUAGGCGGAUCAGCAAGCGUCGACGAUCUUGGGAAUAUGGCGUCUCGAGGCGACGUGGUUGUUAUUUCGAUCAACUACCGGAUGGCGAAUCUCGGCUUCCUGGCCCUCGAUGACGGUGUGACUAACGGGAAUUACGGGAUUCAAGAUGCCAUCACUGCAUUAGAAUGGGUGAAGCGGAAUGUAAAGGCGUUCGGAGGCGACCCCUCUCGGAUCACAGUCUUCGGCUCCUCUGCCGGCGCAUCAUUAGUUCGCGCAUUGUUAGCAUCUCCCAAAGCGAAAGGCCUCUUUGAGGCUGGAAUUAUGCAGUCGAACCCAGCAGGUGCCCUUGCAAAUGGCCCGUACUCCGAGCUACAAUCCAUACAGCAAGUAUCCAGCACUGUUGGUGCUGCUGUCCUCAACGAGACCAGCUGCUCGGAAGCUGCUGAUAAGCUCGCCUGCCUUCGAGCCUAUGAUCCCAUUGAGCUCAACAACCUGGCGGCAGUGGCAAACUACCCCGUCGUCGACGGAACCUACCUUACCACACCCCGCCUCGAAGUCACUGGCGGCGGAUACGCGGCCCAUGUUCCCGUAAUGAACGGCGGCAAUCGCGACGAACUUGCUGUUCUCGGCCUCUACCUCCCCAUCACCGAUCCCACUGAAGCCAUCCUGGGUCUUGGCGCUGCCCUCGGAUUUAACACAACUGCCGCCGCCGCGCCCGGCAUCUUCCCGCUCCCUCCUGGCGCAAACACUGCAGGUAAUAUCUUUAACAUCACCUCCCGCAUCCUCACCGACGUCGCCCUGCGCUGCGGCGAACAAGCAAUGGUGGCCUCUGCUGUCAAGCACGGCGUCUUCCCCAAAGCUUACGCAUUUACCUUCAACCGCACCUACCAACCCGUCGGCUUCGGGGGAGAUGAAUGCCGUGCCCCUCUGACUACAGAGCACCCGGCUGGCGAUGCUAACGCUGAGUACUACAAGUGUCAUGCUGGAGAGCUUCAGUUCGUCUUUGGGAACAUUCUGCACGACGGCCUCGUCGAUCGGGAUGGGGGCGAUGUCCCAUUUGCACAGCUGGUGGUGGAUUACUGGACGUCGUUUGCGCGGACGCAGGAUCCCAAUCCGGAUGCGGGAUACUUGGCGGCAAGAGGGUAUGUGCAGACUCUGAGACAGGUGAAGGAGUUUGGGAGGUGGAGAGAGUUGACCGGGGAUGGUAACGAGGUGAGGAUGUUGCAGCUGGGUGGAAGGAAUAUCCAUUAUAUCGACGAUGGGCCGCAGUGCGCUUCGUUGGGAUAUCCAAUUGAUUAUUACGAGACAUUAAGUUAGUUUCUGUACAUAGACGCGCAUAAGCUGUCUUGAAUACGAAUAUGUUUUGCGCACCGGAGGCAAAUUGUCUAGUAUUUUUCGCCAACUACCAGGCAACUCAAACUAUUAGUAAACGCCUACUCUGCCCACUUUUGUUCUCUCAUGAGUUGCUCUUAAUCUCUACUCGCCUCAUCCAUACUGACUGGCUAAUCGUCUGCCAUGUCCGCAAUCAACUCUGCUAUCUCUAGUGGAAUUCCAUGUGAGGUAACUAUGCCGUGAACUUCCUCCCAACACCAGAUAUGCUCCUAUAGGGGCAUUUUACUCGUCGAGCACACACGAUAAUGUCGAUCAACUAACGACAACAUUACGAAUCGGCGAUGCCCUAGGAUGGUCGUAUUUAUUGGUGUAACUGGCUCAACAGGGUGUUGCAGAGUAUUGGGCCUUGUAAUAAGAUGCUG